AUGAGGACGGUUCUCCAUGAUGUUUCGACACGGUACAAAAUUCUGAAGCAAUGGAAGUGAAGGGACCAAUCAAGUUCCAGACUUGUGAUUCUGUUCAGGUCACCAGUGGGCUAGGAAAUGAAUCCAGAGGCUGAUGAUAACUCUGUCGGACACAGUGCUUAGUGAAUGAUGGUCACCGGCUCGGAUCAUUUUAUGAACGUUCCGGUGGAGGCGACGGCGUUCCUGGGCGCCGUGGCUGCUUUCGUGGUGCUGCUACUGGUGUUCUUCCUCUACCUGAACAAGAAGUGGUGCUUCUACAGCAUCGGCGGCUUCCCUUGCUGCGACGAGCCCCUCGGCCCCAAACCUCCCCGCUCCAAAGAGCUCGGAAAAGCAUACUCUUAUGAGGAGCCUGAGACAAGUUCCGACAGUGAGGAAGAUGUGCUGAGACGCCUUCAGCUUCCGGAGCCGAUGCCCGGACCCUCCAAUGCAUCUGAUUCUGGUUUCUACCACCAGCAGUCCACACAUACGCUUACUCAUACGAGCAAGUCACCUUCAUCUUCACAGAGUGCAGAUCUCAUUUCACUGGCAGAGAAGGGUAAAGUGGGGAGCAGUAGUGCAUCUUCCAGUUGUUCCACAACAAGUGGAGAGGAGGAACAGCAAAAAGAGAAGGCUCUGCGUCACAGAGAUGGCCGUGGCGGAAAUGGUGCUGGGUACCGCAAGCUGCCACUCCAAUGCAGUGUGGACACCAUGGAUGAGGAGACGCAGGAAACUCCUCACUCCACAACUGAGCACUUCAAUGAAACCAUGAAUAAUCAGGAUUGUAUUGUUGUGCUGCCACAGGAACAGCUGUUUGAUGUCACUGAUCUACAGAGUGCGUUUGGUGACCAGGAAAGUCACCUUGUAUCCAAAUGUGGUCAUUUGGAAGUAGCAUUUGCUUAUGAUGCACCAAUGAGAAAGAUGACCGUGCGAGUGUUACAAGCCAGGGACAUUCCUGCCAAGGACAGAGGAGGGGCCACCCACACACAGGUUCGGCUGGUCAUGCUGCCCAACAAGAGACAGAAACACAAGACUAAGGUGAGGCAGGGCAACAACCCCCAAUUCAUGGAAAGCUUCCUGCUGCAUAGAGUCAAUCCUGAGGAUGUGAACAGCAUGGGAGUGCGGUUCCGGCUCUAUGGCUGUGAAAGAAUGCGACGUGAGAGGAUGAUAGGAGAGUGUGUAGUCAGUUUCACGUCUAUAAACCUGGAGCUCGAGACCACUAUGUGGGUGGCGCUGGAGCCAAGGGCGAACAUAACACUAAACUCAUCGGCCUCAGAUCUGUUGAGCCUGGCUCGUAGUGACAGCACUGGAUCUACACACUCCAUGCAGCAUGGGGGAGUACCUGAAUUACUCCUAGGUCUAGCAUACAAUGGCACGACAGGGCGGCUGUCAGUAGAGGUCGUCAAAGGUAGUCACUUCAGAAAUCUAGCCAUGACCCGACCACCUGACACAUAUGUCAAACUGUGUCUUGUCAGCAGCAGUGGCCAGGAGAUGUCCCGCAGCAAGACAUCUAUCCGACGUGGGCAACCAAACCCACUUUUCAAGGAGACCUUCAUGUUCCAGGUGGCACUGUUCCAGCUUCCUGAUGUAAGUCUAAUGGUGUCUGUGUACAACAAGCGAAGCAUAAAACGUAAGGAGAUGAUAGGCUGGUUCUCUCUGGGACUCAACAGUUCAGGAGAAGAAGAGCUUGCGCAUUGGAAUGACAUGCGUGAUGUGCGAGGAGAGCAGAUCUGUCGAUGGCAUGUUCUGGUUGAAUCAUAGAGAUGAACAUAUAUAUUUGGUUAGCUCUCUUGGCAGUGCCAUAUUUUAACUUGUCAGGCAAUGCAUCAGGCCUCCCAUAUGAAGGGACUUUGUAUUGCUGUGGCAAAGCAACUAUUUCUUCGUCAUUUACCAAUAUUUCUGGUGUGGUUUCUAACCCAAAACAAUGGGAUUCUCAUAGGAGAUAUUCUUGUGGAAUUUAUAGAUUUUGAAGUGUGACAGCAUGACAUUGUAAGGAAGUCUUAUGUAAUAUUUUAGUGGAAUCCAGGUAAGCCAUCUGGAGCUACAUCAGCAUUCCAGACUGUACACAGAAUAUAUGAUAGUUCCUAAGAGGUAUGUUUUUGAUGGUGGUACUGCUUCACCAUAUAUGGCUUGCAAUGUCUCACCAUGGCAUUUGUUGCACCAUUUUCUUCAUUCAGUGGAUGAACAUUAUAGAAGCAUAUCAAACAGUGGACACUUCAUCUCUUACUUUUUCAUACAGCCAAUCUAGUCCUGGUAUUUGUUGAUGAAUUUGACACUUUGAAGACUGUUGUUGCAACCAGCACUUUGUAAAGAAAGCACAAAACUUCUUUGAGCACAAGGGAUAUUCCCAGUUGUACAUACACUUACUGUUUAAUAUUCAUAUUGUUGUUGUCAUUGACAUGUCAUCACAAUUACUCCAAUUUAAUUCAGAGUCACAAAUCCCAGCUUUUAUCUCACCCUAUCAAUAUGUACUGGCUUUUCACACAGUAUAUACUUCAUGUCUGCAUAUUCCAAUGUGUCUUCAAUAGUCUGAUGCUGUUUUUCAGUUUCAGAAUGUGGUUUAUAAUUAUGAAAUGUAAAUUGAUUAGGUUUUCAAUUCUGAAAAUGUUGUUUUCCAUAAAUUGCUCUUGCAAUUUUGAUUCUGAAAAUUUCUUAACCCCAUUUACAAAUCAUGGGUAAAUGGAAAAUUAUUUCACAGUGGUAAUGGUAAUCAUUAAGUUUUGUCAGCAUAACGUACGAGGUUUUUUGGAUCAGAGUGAAGGAAUGUGGCCAUAUUACUUUAAGUUUGGGGGAGUUUUUGACACAUGCUGACAAGAGAUUGCUGUUAGUGUAAUGACACAAUAUAAUUUAAUUUGUUUAAAGCUUAUGCCAACACAGCUGACUGUUGCUACACUCAACAUCACAUUCAUUUUUUGUUAUACUGACUUUAAACAGAAAACAAAUGAUGCACAAAAUAGUCAAUUUUUAUCGAAUGAGACGGGUAAAGCAAUUUAUUCCAUUGGUUUAUGGUGGAUUCUGUUGUUGGACAGUUUCCAUGCAAUACUCAUUUUCCCCCUGAAGCAUUGUAUGGGUGUCCAAUAGUGGGAAUACAGUGUCAAAGUACUGGAAACUGUUAUGAAGGAAAAAUUAUGUAUAAAUCAUAUAUUGUACCUUAACAUCAUUUCAGUUCUCUGUAGAUCAGAAAUGAUGUUCAAACUUGUAAAAUUUAUGGCUAAUUGAUAUUGUCAUUUUGAGUCAAAUGCAGACAUUUGUUCAAUGCAUUCAUGUGAUACACAUACGAAAAUCAGCAGUGUGAACUUACUAUUGCUGAAAUACAUGUGUAGGCUCUGACACAGAUACUGUGUUCAGUGUUGUAUUAAAUUCAGAUAUUUGUAUCAGAGCCAAAUUGUUGUACAGAUGCUGAUCUUGUUGUUUAUACUCAUAUAAAUGUCCGAAAUAACUUUGCAGUAAUACAUUUUCAUAUAUAUUAUUAACUCAUAAAGAGAGGUAUAAUUAGUCAUUCUGACAUAUUAGAAAAAGCCAGGGACAUGCCGAUUUACACAUCAGGAAAGAAAAAUAUGAACAUUUUAGAAGAAGCCCAAGAAUUAAUUCUUUCUCACACAGUUUUCUGUUAUGAAUAGAAGUAAAGGUUCGUUUUUUCCUUAUUAUAUUACCAAACAUCAUAGUCAAGUAGGCAGCAUUCCUGCUUUCAUUUGGGAGGUCAUGACCGCUUCCUUCCACACCUUUUCUAAUUCAUAAUUCACUAAUAAUCCAAUCAUUUGAUACUAUAAAGUCUGAGCUACUGACAAUGUAAGUAAAUUAAAUCAUAAAAAAAUAUACAGGUACAUAAGUAAAAUUUUCUCUUUUGCUAUAUAUCCGACGUAUAAUUUUCAAAAUAUGCUGUAUCUUCAACAGCAAUGAGUAAAAAGAAACAUUAUAUUACAUUACAGAAAAAGUAUUUAUGGUUGCACCUGUUCCUGAAUAUUUUUUUUACAUUCUCAUAUGCUGCCAUGUUAGUAUGGAUAAUAAAUUCUUGAAGUACACAUGGAGCUGUUAAGGCAACCAUAUGUGAUGAAAUCUUCUUGCAUGACAAGCCUCAUUAAAUUGGAGUCAAAGUCCAACACUUUAAAGACCUUCUUUAUCUAUAGCAUCAGGAAAUGAUGUUCUAAAUAAGCAUUUAUAUAUACAGUGCGUACAAUCAAGUGCGCGCCGC